AUGACGGUGAAACACGAAAGAAAAGAAGCUAAUGGUGGAGUUACCAAGAAACAAAAACUUAAAGGAUCUAAAAGUAAAAAUAUUUCAAUCCAUGAAAGAGAUGAAGGUAUAAAUUCUUCAGGUGAAAACCCUAUAACCUUCUGGGAUUGCUCUAAAAAUAUAGAUGUACCAAAACAACCAGAUCAAAUAAAGAAACUUCAUGUUUAUGAUUUUGAUAAUACACUUUUUUAUUCACCAUGUCCAAAUCCAAAUUUAUUUAAUGAUCAAACUAUAGGGAUGUUGGCUAAUUCUGAUAUGUUAAGUUAUGGUGGAUGGUGGUCUGAACCUUUAAUAUUCAAGAAUAUGGGUGCUGGAUGGGAUGUUGAAUCUCAACGUCAAUGGGAAUCAUUUUGGAAUCAAGAUGUUGAAAAUUUAUUAAAGUUAUCAUAUGAAGAUGAUGAAACCUUAGCAAUUAUAAUGACUGGUAGGAAAAACAAGAAAUUUAUAGAAUUCAUUUCGGAAAUUUUAGAAUCAAGAGGAAUUAAAUAUGAUGGAUUAAUGCUGAAAAAGGGGAAUUUUAAUACAACUAUUGAUUAUAAGACUCAAGUUCUUACAGAUAUUUUAGAUCAUUAUAAUAAAAUUGAGCAAGUUAGUAUCUAUGAUGAUAGACCUAGUCAACUUAAUGGGUUCCAAAAAUUUUUAAAUGAAUAUACCGAAGCUGUUAGACCUGAAUUAAUUUAUAAUUUAAUUCCAGUUUCACCAGAAGUUAAAUAUUUAGAACCAAAAAAGGAAAGGGCUCUUAUAGAGGAACUAUUAGAACAACAUAAUUCAUUGGUUGACCAGGGGAAAUCCACAGCAAAAUUAGGAAGAAUGACAUUGAAAAGAAGUUUUUUUUUCAGUGCAUAUAUUGUUGAAGUUGAUUCUAAAGCUGAAUUAUUAAGUUAUUUGAUCGAUAAAUUUAAUCAUAUAUUCACACCAGAAGUACAAGACUCUAUAGAUUUUCAACUAGAUUUCAUACCCAUAUCUAGAAAUAGAGUAUCAGCAGCAUUAGAAUUGAAAAUUAAUGAAGAUCCAGAAGUUGAAUGGAAAAUUACAAGUUUUGGUGUAUCAAAUGAUGAUGCAUUUGCAGUUAGAGUUGAACCUGUUGGUGUUGAACUCCCUGUGAAAACUUUAUACGACCCACCAUUUUUAACAAUUGGUACAAAGAGAAAUUCACCUACAUUAACAUGGGAAAGAUUGGAAAAAAUUGUUGAUUGGGUAGACUUGAAAGAUAAUGUUACAAUUAAGACAAGAUUUGGUCAAGUUGUUAAGUUUAGAAUAGUUAAAGAGAAUGCGAAUUACAAUAAAACAAGAUACAAACGUCCAUUAUCAAGUGGUACCACAGAAUAG